ACCAGCCCUCGAUACUGUCUCUACUCUACAUCUCGCAUACAAUCCGCGUCGCUCCUUUGACCGCAAUCUUCCACCACAUCCGCUCCCAGCUAGACAAAGAAGUCGCGGCUUUUACUAUCUCAACGCUCUUUUUGUUUGCCGACAGCAGCCAUGGCUGACAUCCAAUUGCCUAUGCCAAUUCCUCCGAGGACUCCUACAACAUCCGACGACGAAAUGGAUCCUGAAAUGGCAGAGUCGGGCUUGCGCAUCAAGCACGCAUACAACGAGUCUCCUGUCAGAUCUCGUCUUUCGGGCUCAUUCGACCGACUCUCUUCUUCACCUCCGGACACUGCGAGCACUUCAAUGAACACCGGUCGUACCGAUCUGAUAUCACCCACCUUCUCCCUCACAACACCUGCCGACCCUUACAGCCCCUUCACGCCCAACACCGUCAUCAGCGAAGCAGACGAGUCUUCAGAGAAAGAGGAUGAGCCUCCAGUUGCCGCAAACCCAUUCAACUUUACCACCCAGCAAUACUCUGCUGCCCUCUCUCCCGCGAAGCCUGACAUCAAUGUUGGCAAACGUCGUGGUCACAAAUACAAGCACUCCAGUGUUUCCCACCAAAUCUUCAUCGAACCCGCUCCUCGCGCCCCUCUCCAAUUACCUGCUUCCCUCCCUGUUCCCACACGCAAUGAGGUCCAACACAGCAUGACAUCCAACCAAAAGGCCCGCCUAGCAUGGUGUUUCUGCCACUUUUUGAUCGCUGGAUAUGUUCAAUGGAGUGCUUCGGGUUCUCUUGCCAUGACCGCCCUCUCUCGUCUACUUUUCUUCGAUGCUGCUGGUGCUAUUGCUUGUGUCUUGGUCGAGACCAUGGGAAACUUUGAAGUCUGGAAGCGCUCCAGUGUCAAGCAUCCUUUUGGCCUUGAGCGUUUGGAUGUGCUCGUAGGCUUCGGCCUUGCGGUCUUCAUUGGCUUCAUGGGUCUCGAUGUCUUGUCACACGGUAUUCAGCACUCUCUUGAAAACCUUGGGUCUCACGUCGCCCACUCUUCUCAUACCCACCGUCGCAUCUCAGCUGGAUCUGUUGAUGUCGCCGCUUUACUUGCGAUCGUUGUCACCCUCAUCUCCGCUGUCGUGCUCAAAAAUCACGCUCGCAUUGGCAAGGCUAUGCGUUUUGAUUUCAUUGCAUGCUGGGGUACUGUCUUGAGUAACCCCAGCCAUCUUAUCACUCUAUCCUGCUCUACACUCCUACUUCUGCUGCCCCUACUCAGUAUCCAAGCCUACAAGUGGUUUGACGCCGCCAUGUCUUUCGCUAUCGCAAUUGCCAUGAUCGCCAUUGGCGUCCGCCUGGGCACCUCCCUAUCAUCCAUCCUACUCAUGUCUUACUCCGCACCUGCUGGCAGCGCGACAGUCAAAGACGUUAUCUCCGAAAUCGAAAACGAUAAAUCCGUUUCAGCCGUUCAGGACGCCAAGUUCUGGCAAGUUCACUACGGACUAUGCAUGGCCAACUUGACUCUGAGAUAUAGAGCAGCUGACUAUGGUCUUGAUUUGGCCAAAACGAGAGAAAGAAUUUCAAGUCUUGUACGCAACAGGCUUGGUGGAGGUUACGGAUCCGGCGGCCUCAAAUGGGAGGUUUCGAUCCAGCUGAUAUCUGAGAGGGAUUAGACAAUCCUCUCCUAACUCCUAACGACCCUUACUGAAUUACGGCACGAAUUAUGUACAUUUUUAUAUCCAUAUUGCAUGAAAUGAGAAAUGCUGAACCAC